AUGGAGUUUUUCAAUAUUAUCAACGCAGGGAAGAGGGGGGGCGACAAUGUGAUGACUUCGAUUGAUCCAAGAACCAAAGAGAAGCUUUGGAGCGCCCCUGUUGCGGUAGAGGCAGAUCUGAACGACGCGGUCCUGGCAGCGAGAAACGUCUUCAAGACGUGGAAAUUUGUCCCGGUAGAGGAAAGGCAAAAAUGCUUAUCCCGCCUCGCCGAGGAGUUGGAUGCGCGUAGGGCCGAGAUUCAUGCGAUCCUCUCCAAAGAAACGGGGAAAUCGGACCUCCUCACAAACAUCGAGAUUGACGACACAUUGAAAUUUAUCAGAUUUAAUGCAUCGCACUCAAUCCCAGACGAGGUUCAAUAUGAAGACGAAACGGUCAAAAUCAUCUCUACACACCCACCAAUAGGCGUCGUGGGUGCCAUUUGCCCCUGGAACUUCCCGCUUGUCCUUGCCGCCGGAAAGAUUGCAGCCGCUCUGGUCAUGGGGAACUGCAUCAUCGUCAAGCCUUCGCCCUUCACACCAUACGCGACACUCAAGUUUGCGGAGCUCGCCAUUCCGAUAUUCCCCCCGGGCGUCUUCCAAGUGCUCAACGGCGACAACGACGUUGGGAGGCUCAUGACGCUCCAUCAUGGAAUCGACAAGAUCACGUUCACUGGGUCAACAGCAACCGGCAAGAAAGUGGCUGAAAGCGCGACGAAGACGUUGAAACAAGUUACGCUCGAGUUGGGUGGCAAUGACGCGAGCAUAAUCUGCCCCGACGUGGAUGUCAAGACCGUUGCGCAAAAAGUGGCCGCUGGUUGUCUUUUUCACUCCGGCCAAAUGUGUGUCGCCACCAAGAGGGUGUAUGUCCACAAGGACAUUUUCGAAGAGUUCCGCGAGCACCUAGUCAAGGCUGUGAACACUACCGAAAUCGACAUCUCCGGCAAUCAACCAACAUUAUUUAGCCCCAUCCAGAACCAGAUGCAGUACGACGUUGUGAAGGACCUGAUUGCAGAUAGCAAGUCUAACGGUCACACCUUCAUUUCUGGUGGGGAUUCAGAUGCACAGCCUGGUCUCUUCAUACGCCCAUGUGUUGUGGACCGCCCACCAGACGAUUCAAAGAUCAUUAAGAUGGAGCAAUUCGGACCCAUUAUUCCUCUGAUGGAGUGGAGCUCUGAGGACGAGGUAAUCACGCGGGUGAAUGACACUGAGAGCGGGUUGGGAUCCUGUGUGUGGGCGCGAGACACAGCCACCGCCGAACGAAUUGCACGCAAGCUCGAGGUCGGCUCGGUGUGGAUCAACAGCUUUGAAAUCCCGCACCCAUAUGGUUACUUUUCAGGGUGGAAGCAAAGUGGUGUCGGUGGUGAAUGGGGCAAACAGGGCUUGUUGUCGUAUUCCCAUACGCAGACUCUCCAGAUCUACAAGUAG